AUGAGUCAACUGUAAGUAUCACCUAGACUUCAAUUAUUCAAAACUUUUAACUGCUGUACAACUGAUCAGCUAUCAGAUGAAGCAAAUAGUGAAUUUAUGACCACUCAAUCACCAAUAAAGGUAAUCAGUAUUCAGAGACCAAGAUCUGAAAGUACUGCGAAGAAUGAGAUCUUUAUAAAGCCUUUUCUGAUUAAAUCACUGAGAAAAUCUGAGGUUUUAGAAGCGAUAGAAGAGCAAAACAUAUCAACAAAUAUCGAAUAG